AUGGAUCUCACAAUCAGAAAUAAGAUUUUCCUUAUGAUGAACUUAUUCCAUACUUUUCUUCGUGCAGUUUCAAUUCUCGAUCGCUGCUUGGAUAUGAAUCGAACGGUUGUAGCUGCCUUCCUCCUCACCUUCGCCGUUGCGUAUGCAUUUCAGCCGGAUGACCAGUUCUCAGGAAUGGAGAAACGCAAGUCAGCGUAUAUGCGUUUCGGUAGAUCGGAUCCAGAGCUGACCGAUCAAUUGUUGUUAGAAAAGAGGAAGAGCGCCUAUAUGAGGUUCGGAAAACGAUCAGAGGUUCCAGAUGAGGAUAGCCUAGAUAUGGAAAAACGCAAGUCAGCUUAUAUGCGUUUCGGAAAAAGAAAGAGCGCUUAUAUGCGAUCCAACAGCUUGAAGAGCAAAAAUGAGCGAUUGGCUACAUACUAG